AACAAACAAUCACACUCCCUUAUGGUAGCAUUCAUAUCCCUUAUUGUGUCUUGUCUUCGUCCGUCCCACAAUGCAUUGCGUUCCUUCGUUGGAUCAUGGACCAAAGCGACAAUGAUCUCCAAGGAAGCGACGGCUCUGGGAGUUUGGGUGGCCCAGAUGUUCGAAGACGAAUCCCAAUCAAACUCAUAUCCAAACAGCCCAUAAGGAGCAAACCUCAGCCCCGCACCCAGAGGCCCAGCAGCAGGCCAUGUAAAAAUGAGCCCGGAGAUGAUGAUAACUUUGGCUUCAAGCAAGAAGAAAGGUUUGAUUGUGGUGCUAAAGCUGGUGAUGUGUUUGCAAAUCAGAGGAGAUUUCCGCAGCCACUGUUUUGGGACUAUAAGUUAAACCUGAUUGGAGAAAGAGAUGAAAUACCAAUUCACUUCUGUGACAAAUGUGGCCUCCCUAUCCAGCUGUAUGGACGGAUGAUCCCCUGCAAACAUGUUUUCUGUUAUGACUGUGCUUUGCUUCAUGAGAAGAAAGGGGAGAAGAUGUGCCCAGGCCUCACCCUUUACAACUGCACAGAUCCGGUGCAGCGCAUCGAGCAGUGCCAGCGUGGUUCCCUCUACAUGUGCAGUGUUGUUCCAGGAUGCAAGCGCACAUACCUGUCCCAGCGUGACCUGCAAGCCCAUGUCAACCAUCGCCAUUUGAGGGCAGCCAAGAAUUCCGCUGGCCGCCAGGAGCCUGUGCACCUACCCCCUUCAUCUGAGGUCCCUGAUCGCUUCCGUGUGCCUCCACCUCACUUACCCAAGAACCAUGUACACCUCCCAAACCCACUCCAACAUGGCAGUCACGACCCUUACAGUCAGCCACCACCUACCACUCAUGAAGGCCCACCUCCAGCCUCUGCUCUGGGUCCUGAGACAUUUCGUAUUGCUACGGUAACAACUCGCAAACACAGCAAUCUCAUCACUGUGCCUAUUCAAGAUGACUCGUCAUCUUCUGCUCGCGAGCCCCUUCCUGGUGGGCCAGGCCCUGGGCAGCCCCCACACCACCACCCUGGGGACUAUCCUGGCCAGCCACCUGUUGUGUCCCACUCUCACCACAUGAUGGGGCCACCACAGCAGCACUUUGGCCCCCCACCUCCCCCUCCUCCUCCUAUCAGCCACCCAAUGCAGCAUCCUCCCCAAGCCUCUGGGACACCACAUAUGGUGUACAACCAGGCCCCACCUCCUCCCAUGUCCACAGCUCCACCACCAGGGCAUAUCAUGGGCCAGAUGCCUCCCUAUAUGAACCACCCACCCCCAGGACCGCCCCCACACCACAGCAAUGCCCCCCCACCUCAUCAUUAUAACCCCAACACCAUGCAGCAGUUCCCUGAAGAUCAGGGCACCCUCAGUCCCCCAUUCAGUCAGCCAGGAGGGCUCAGUCCUGGGAUGUGGCCUGCUCCAAGAGGGCCCCCACCUCCACGAAUGCAGGGCCCUCCUCCCCAGGGCCAAAUGCCUGGACCACAUCACCCAGAUCAGGGCCGCUACCGGCCUUAUUAUCAGUAAACCGCUAAUGGGCAACAGUGUGUGUUGUUCUGUUCUAUACCACUUGUCUGAAUAAUGUGAGAGUAAACCUCAGGGUUACAGGACGUAGGACUUUCAUUUUGAUAAUACUGCCCAAAAG